UAUAAUUCUAGUGAUGACUACUAGAAGCCCGCUCGUCACCAAAUUCUUACAGAAAAGGGCGAAAAAAAGUACAGACCAGAACAAGAACCUCAAAGUAAGACUACAAGAUGUGGCACGAUCGUGCGCUUGCGCAGGACCCUGUCCGUUAUACAGCGGCCACGAUGGAGAUGAUGCGGUUGGAAGAUGUGCCAACCCUCCGCUGUGCUGUGAAUUACGCUUGCGAUCAUAGCUAUGGUACCGAGGGACUUCUUUAUGUGUGCUAAUUUCAAGACUUUUGGUACUCGUUCGAUGUUCAUAGGAGCAGCUGGUAAGUCCCUCACCGCAUGUUCUUUCCGUCAGUUACUCCUGUUUCAGAUCAUAUUGCUCGUCGGGAACAAGUAUAUACUACUCGUCAUAAUUACGUAUAUUUUUCAAAAAAUGUUGCUCCUCCUCGACCUCCUCGACGUCGAUCACCAGGUCACCUCGCAAACGCAGUUUCGGCCACGUAUUUCGCGAACAAGGAAUGGAUCUCUAAAGACCAAGCGAAAGCUGCUUUCAUACAGGAACAGUUCGAGAAAAAUCCUGAGCUGCAAAGACAAAAACUCCUGAGAAGGGCAGAGAAGAAUUUGGCGCCGCCGUAUUCAAGGAUGCUAUAAUUUUGAAUGCUAGGAGGUAGAUGAAUGAUGGGAACUCAAACUCAAAGAGUAGCAAAAGUAACAAAAUAGAACCUUGCUCAUAGAGCAGGGUAAAGAUGAAGAACCUUGCUCAUAGAGUUUAGGGUAAAGAAGAACUACAUGCUCAAACGUAUCUAUGAUAUUAAGCAUUAAACAGAUACGCUUGGGACGGGAAGGGUACUUUCUAUGGGCAUAAAGAGACGUCCUGUUUCGGCUAUGUCACGGCUAAAGGGAGACAUCGUGCAGAUUUGACAGGUACGAACUUGACACACGAUUGGCUUUGCUCAUGUGUUCACAGAAGAUAUUGACUUUUAUACUGUAGAACAACUUGUUUAUAUUCGCUUUGAAUGUUGUACUAGUAUGGAUAACUCCCCAGGACAUUAUCGAGAGGUGCGCCCCGGGUAGGAGGCGGAAAGAGGGAACCAUCGUGCGGGGCGGCGGUGGCGCAAACGCCACCGGGCUCCCCGGUUGAAAGUAACGCGAAAGCGCCCGGGCUGUUGCUUGUGUGUUGGUGUUCGGUUCUUGUGUUUCUACGUCUAGCCCGUUCAGAAUGAUCCCGAGCACCGCCCAAACGCCUGGCGGCUGUUUCUACGGUCACACGGGUGCCGUGGGUGUUCUACCGCUUUCAGCUGUUUGCCGUUUGUUGGUUGUCGUGGUUUUCGUGCUUACCUUGUCCAGAAUGAUCCGGAGCACUACCCAAACGCCUGACGGGUUUACCGUUGCGCGGGUGGGUCUGGUUUUCCAAACUUCUCGGCCGUCGCUUAGUUGCUUGGCCGUCUGCUUUUUUGUAUGUUGUUCAGAGUUCAGCUCUGGCCUUGCUUUCAGCUUCGAGCUUUCAAGCGGCUCUCUCUGGGCUUUCGAUUCAGCUCCGAGCUUUCAGCCUUGGCCCUUCGACUUUGGGCCUUCAGCUUUGGGCUGUCAGGUGUGGGCUUUCAGCUUGACACUUUAAGGCUCAGGGCUAACCAAUUCCCGUGCCUCUUUCAAUUCUUUCAGUUUGUUAAUUCAGGCUCUGGGGGCUUUGGUUUUAUAUUAUCGUGUAGAUUUUGAAUGGAUUUAGUGCCCAUCUGCGUGAAGUCAGGGCUAACCCCUUCCCGCGCCUUCCUUUCUUUCAAUUUUUUGGCUUCGAAUUCUAGACCUAUAAGCUUCGGCCCUAUCGCGAAGGUUUUAGCUUCACUUUCUUUCAAACGCAUCUGCGUGAGGUCAAGCCUAACCAAUUCCCAAGCCUCGCGCGCAGGCUCAUAAGCUUGCAAGCCCAUAAGCUGGGCAUAAGUGCGGGCGCCGAUGCUGGUGGUGAUGGGGGUGGAGGUGAUGCAGGCCCGCCGAUUGGGUGGGGUGGGGUGCGUAGGCUCCUAAGUUCACAGGCGCAGGCCCAUAGGGAAAAGCUGGGAAGAGCUGGGAAAAGUUGGGGAAAGUGAGGAAGAGGUGGAAGAAGUUCGGGAAAGCUGGAAGGAGUUACAGUUAGGGAAAGCCGAAAGGAGACUCGGGGAAGCUGGAAGAAGUUAGGGAGAGCUGGAAGGAGUUAGGGAAAGCCGGAAGAAGCUAAGUUGGGAAGAGUUGGGAAAAGUUGGGGAGAGAGAGCCGGGAAAAGUUGGGAAGAGUCGGGAAAAGUUGGGAAAAGCUGGGAAAAGUUGGAAGAAGUUGGAAAAAGCUGGAGAAAGCUGGAAAAAGUUGGGAAAAGUUGGAAAAAGCUGGGAAAAGUUGAGAAAAGUGGGGGAAAGCUGGAAGAAGUUGAGGAAAGCUGGAAGGAGCUGGGGAAAGCUCAGCGGUAAGAAGUUAGGGAAAGCUGGAAGAAACUUGAAAAGUUGGAAAAGUUCGGGAAAGCUGGGAAAAGCUGGGAAGAGUUGGGGAGAGUUGGGGAGAGUUGGGAAAAGCUGGGAGAAGUUGGGAAGAGUCGGGAAAAGCCGGGAGAAGUCGGAAAAAGUUGGGAAAAGUUGGAAAAAGUUGGGAAAUGUUGGAAAGAGUUGGGGAAAGUUGGAAAAAGCUGGGAAAAGUUGGGAAAAGUUCGGGAAAGCCGUAAGAAGACUAGGGAAAGCCGUAGGAAGACUGGGGAAAGCUGGAAGAAGUUAGGGAAAGCUGGAAGAAGCUGAAGAAAGCUGGGGAGAGCUUGAGAAGCUGGGGAAAGUUGGGAAAAGCUGGGAGAAGUUGGGAAGAGUUGGGAAGAGGUCGAGAGAGUUGGGAAGAGUCGGGAAAAGUUGGAAAAAGUCGGGAAAAGUUCGGGGAAGCCGUGAGAAGACUGGGGGAAGCUGGAAGGAGUUAGGGAAAGCUGGAAGAAGUUAAGUUGGGAAAAGCUGGGGAAAGUUGGGAAAAGCUGGGAAAAGCUGGGAAAAGUUGGGAAAAGUUGGGAAAAGUUGGGAAGAGCUGGGAAGAGUUGGGAAGAGUUGGGAAAAGUUGGAAAAAGUUGGAAAAAGUUGGGAAAAGCUGGGAAAAGUUGGAAAAAGCUAGAAAAAGCUGGAAAAAGUCGGGAAAAGUUGGAAAAAGCUGGGAAAAGUUGGGAAAAGUGGGGGAAAGCUGCGAGAAGUUGAGGAAAGCCGGAAGAAGCUGGGGAAAGCUCAGCGGUAAGAAGUUAGGGAACGGCGGAAGAAGCUUGAAAAGUUGGGAAAACCUGGGAAAAGUUCGGGAAAGUUGGGAAGAGCUGGGAAGAGUUGGGAAAAGCUGGGAGAAGUUGGGAAGAGCUGGGAAGAGUUGGGAAGAGUCGGGAAAAGUCGGGAGAAGUCGGGAAAAGCUGGAAAAAGUUGGAAAGAGUUGGGAAAAGUUGGGAAAAGUUGGAAAAAGCUGGGAAAAGUUGGGAAAAGUUCGGGAAAGCCGUAAGAAGACUAGGGAAAGCCGUGGGAAGACUGGGGAAAGCUGGAAGAAGUUAAAGGAAGCUGGGAAGAGCUUGAAAAGCUGGGGAAAGUUGGGAGAAGUUGGGAAAAGCUGGGAAAAGUUGGGAAGAGCUGGGGAGAGCUGGGGAGAGUUGGGAAGAGUUGGAAAAAGCUGGGAAAAGUUGGGAAAAGUGAGGGAAAGCUGGAAGAAGUUGAGGAAAGCUGGAAGAAGCUGGGGAAGGCUCAGCGGUAAGAAGUUAGGGAACGCUGGAAGAAGCUUGAAAAGUUAGGAAAACCCGGGAAGAGUUCGGGAAAGUUGGGGAGAGUUGGGAGAAGUUGGGAAGAGUCGGGGAAAGUCGGGAAAAGCCGGGAGAAGUCGGGAAAAGUUGGAAGAAGUUGGAAAGAGUUGGGGAAAGUUGGAAAAAGCUGGGAAAAGUUGGGAAAAGUCCGGGAGAGCCGUAAGAAGACUAGGGAAAGCUGUAGGAAGACUGGGGAAAGCUGGAAGAAGUUAGGGAAAGCUGGAAGAAGCUAAAGAAAGCAGGGGAGAGCUUGAGAAGCUGGGGAAAGUUGGGAAAAGCUGGGAGAAGUUGGGGAGAGUUGGGAAGAGUUCGAGAGAGUUGGGAAGAGUCGGGAAAAGUUGGAAAAAGUUGGGAAAAGUUCGGGAAAGCCGUGAGAAGACUAGGGAAAGCCGUGAGAAGACUGGUGGAAGCUGGAAGGAGUUAGGGAAAGCUGGAAGAAGUUAAGUUGGGAAAAGCUGGGAAGAGUCGGGAAAAGUUGGAAAAAGUUGGAAAAAGCUAGAAAAAGCUGGAAAAAACUGGAAAAAGUUGGGAAAAGUUGGAAAAAGCUGGGAAAAGUUGGGAAAAGUGGGGGAAAGCUGGAAGAAGUUGAGGAAAGCUGGAAGAAGCUGGGGAAAGUUCAGCGGUAAGAAGUUAGGGAGCGCUGGAAGAAGCUUGAAAAGCUGGGAAAACCUGGGAGCGAAAAGUUCGGGGAAGUUGGGAAAAGCUGGGAAGAGUUGGGAGGAGUUGGGAGAAGCUGGGAGAAGUUGGGAAGAGUUGGGAAGAGCUGGGAAGAGCUGGGAAGAGUUGGGAAGAGUUGGGGAGAGUUGGGAAGAGUUGGGAAAAGCUGGAAAAAGUUGGAAAGAGUUGGGAAAAGUUGGGAAAAGUUGGGAAAAGUUGGAAAAAGCUGGGAAAAGUUGGGAAAAGUUCGGGAAAGCCGUAAGAAGACUAGGGAAAGCCGUAGGAAGACUGGGGAAAGCUGGAAGAAGUUAAAGGAAGCUGGGAAGAGCUUGAAAAGCUGGGGAAAGUUGGGAAAAGCCGGGAAGAGCUGGGAAAAGUUGGGAAGAGUUGGGAAGAGUUGGGAAGAGUUGGGGAGAGUUGGGAAGAGUUGGAAAAAGCUGGGAAAAGUUGGGAAGAGUUGGAAAAAGCUGGGAAAAGUUGGGAAAAGUGGGGGAAAGCUGGAAGAAGUUGAGGAAAGCUGGAAGAAGCUGGGGAAGGCUCAGCGGUAAGAAGUUAGGGAGCGCUGGAAGAAGCUUGAAAAGUUAGGAAAACCUGGGAAAAGUUCGGGGAAGUUGGGAAAAGCUGGGAAGAGUUGGGAGGAGUUGGGAAAAGCUGGGAGAAGUUGGGAGAAGUUGGGAAGAGUUGGGAAGAGCUGGGGAGAGCUGGGGAGAGUUGGGAAGAGUUGCGAAGAGUUGGGAAGAGUUGGGAAAAGCUGGAAAAAGUUGGAAAAAGCUGGAAAAAGUUGGAAAGAGUUGGGAAAAGUUGGAAAAAGCUGGGAAAAGUUGGGAAAAGUUCGGGGAAGCCGUAAGAAGACUAGGGAAAGCCGUAGGAAGACUGGGGAAAGCUGGAAGAAGUUAAAGGGAGCCGGGAAGAGCUUGAAAAGUUGGGAAAAGUUGGGAAAAGUUGGGAAGAGUUGGGGAGAGUUGGGAAGAGUUGGGGAGAGUCGGGAAAAGUUGAGGAGAGUUGGGAAGUGUUGGAGAAAGCUGGAAAGAGGUGGGAAAAGUUGGAAAAAGGUGGGAAAAGUUGGAAAAAGCUGGAGAAAGUUGGAAAAAGCUGGAAAAAGUUGGGAAAAGUUGGAAAAAGUUGGAAAAAGCUGGAAAAAGCUGGAAAAAGUUGGAAAAAGUUGGAAAAAGGUGGAAAAAGUUGGGAAAAGUUGGGAAAAUUGGGGGAAAGCUGGGAAGUUGGGGAAAGCCGGGAGGAGUUCGCUGGGGGAAACUGGAAGAAGCUGGGGGAAAGCUGUAAGAAGUUAGGGGAAGCUGGAAGAAACUUGAAAAGCUUGCAAGAGCGGGGAAGAGCAAAAGUUGGAAAAGUUCGGAGAAGCUGGGAAGGGCUGGGAGAAGUUGGGAAAAGUUGGAAAGAGUUGGAAAAAGUUGAGAGAAGCUGGAUAAAGUUGGAAAAAGUUGGACAAAGGUGGAAAAAGUUGGGAAAAGUUGGGAAAAUUGGGGGAAAGCAGGAAGGAGUUAAGGAAGGCCGGAAGGAGUUGGGGAAAGCUGUGAGAAGCUGGGGGAAAGCUGUGAGAAGUUAGGGAGAGCUGGGAGAAACUUGAAAAGUUAGGAAAAGCUGGGAGAAGCUCGGAAAAGUUGGGAGAAGCUGGGAAAAGUUGGAAAAGUUCGGAGGAGCUGGGAAGAGUUGGGAAAAGCUGGGGGAAGUUGGGAAUGGGAAAAGCUGGGAAAAGUUGGGAGAAGCUGGGAAAAGCUGGGAAAAGUUGGGAAAAGUUGGGAAAAGUUGGGAAAAGUUGAGAAAAGUUGGGAAAAGCUGGGAAAAGUUGGGAGAAGUUGGGAGAAGCUGGGAAAAGUUGGGAAGAGCUGGGGAGAGCUGGGAAAAGUAGGGAAAAGCUCGGAAGAGUCGGGGAGAGUUGGGGAGAGCUGGGAAGAGUCGGGAAAAGUCGGGAAAAGUUGGAAAAAGUUGGGAAAAGUUCGGGAAAGCCGUAAGAAGACGAGGGAAAGCCGUAAGAAGACUGGGGAAAGCUGGAAGAAGUUAGGGGAAGCCGGAAGAAGCUAGAAGGACGCUGGAAGAAACUGGAAGAGCUAGGAGGAGCUGGGAAAAGUUGGGAGGAGUUGGGAAGAGUUGGGAAAAGCUGGGAAGAGUUGGGGAGAGUUGGGGAGAGUUGGGAAAAGCUGGGGCGAGAGAGCUGGGAAAAGUUGGGAAGAGUCGGGAAAAAGCUGGAAAAAGUUGGAAAAAGUUGGAAAAAGCUGGGAAAAGUUGGGAAAAGUGGGGGGAAGCUGGAAGAAGUUAAGGAAAGCCGGAAGAAGCUUGGGAAAGCCCAGCGGUGAGAAGUUAGGGAAAGCUGGAAAAAGUUAGGGAAAGCCGGAAGAAGUUAGGGAAAGCCGGAAGAAGUUAGGGAAAGCCGGAAGAAGUUAAAGAAAGCUGGAAGAAGCUUGAAAAGCUGGGGGGAGUUGGGGAAAGCUGGGGAGAGUUGGGAAGAGUUGGGAAGAGGUGGGAAGAGGUGGGAAGAGUUGGGAAGAGCUGGGAAGAGCUGGGGAGAGUCGGGGAGAGUCGGGAAAAGUUGGAAAAAGUUGGAAAAAGCUGGGAAAAGUUGGGGAAAGUUGGGGAAAGUGGGGGAAAGCUGGAAGGAGUUCGGGAAAGCUGGAAGGAGUUAGGGAAAGCUGGAAGGAGCUGGGGAAAGCUGUAAGGAGUUGGGGAAAGCUGGGAGAAACUUGAAAGGUUGGGAAAUGUUGGAAAAGUUGGGGAGAGCUGGGAAAAGCUGGGGAAGGCUGGGAAAUGCUGGGAGAAGUUGGGAAGAGUUGGGAAAAGUUGGGAAGAGUUGGGAAGAGUCGGGAAAAGUUGGAAAAAGUUGGAAAAAGCUGGAAAAAGCUGGGGAAAGUGGGGGGAAGGUGGGAGAAGUUGCGGAAAGCUGGGAGAAGUUGCGGAAAGCUGGGAGGAGUUAGGGAAAGCUGGAAGAAGCUGGGGAAAGCUGUAAGAAGUUAGGGAAAGCGGAAAGAAACUCGAAAAGUUGGGAAAAGUUGGAAGAGUUCGAAAAAGUUGGGAAAAGCUGGGAGAAGUUGGGAGAAGCUGGGGAGAGUUGGGAAGAGCUGGGGAGAGUUGGGAAGAGCUGGGGGGAGUUGGGGAGAAUUGGGAAGAGCUGGGAAGAGUUGGGAAGAGUUGGGAAAAGUUGGGAAAAGUUGGGAAAAGUUGGGAAAAGUUGGGAAGAGUUGGGAAGAGUUGGGGAGAGUUGGGAAGAGUUGGGGAGAGUUGGGAAGAGCUGGGAAAAGUUGGGAAAAGUUGGGGAGAGUUUGGAAAAGUUUGGAAAAGUUGGGAAAAGCUGGGAAAAGUUCGGAAAGCUGGGAAGGUUUGGAAGCUCAUGAGUCAGAAGCGGAAGGCUGAGAGCUUGGGGGGUGCUGUCGUUUCUGUCUUCUGCCGUUGUUGUUUUCGUGUGGUGUGUUGUGCUCUCUUUGCUUUUUUCGUGUGUUCUGUUUGCUUUGCUUCUUUCGCGGGUCGGUUGUGCUUUGCUUUUUUUGUGUUCUGUGCUUUGCUUUUUUCGUGUGUUGUGCUGUGCUUUUUUUUUGUGCUGUGCUUUGCUCCUCUCGCGUGUUGUGCUUUGCUUUUAUUUUUUUCUUGUUGUGCUUUGCUUUUUUUUCGUGCUGUGCUUUGCUUUUUUUUCGUGGUGUGCUUUGCUUUUUUUUCGUGCUGUGCUUUGCUUUUUUUUCGUGCUGUGCUGCAGUUUUUUUUUUUGGCCCGAAAUGUUUAGUUUAGAUAUAUAUGCAUAUCCGAUAUGGAAUCUAGUGCUACUUACUAAAUGGAUACUUGUUACAACAAGUCCAACUUUGCAAACAAAUUUUACAUAAGAAUAUUUCACAACUCAUGCAUGAUUAUAUGCUUUUUAAUGUCCACAAGCGCAACCACACCAUAGGCAUCGACGUUGAAGAUUCCCACCCAAUUUUUCGUUCAAUCGGUCCUGGUCGGCGGCGCCUCCUCAACGACGAGUAUGCACGUCGUUACAAGCCGCUUCCUUACGAUGGCUCUUACUCGCCCCGAAAUUUCAAGAAGUCCGACAAGAACCCUCGAACGGCACUGUACAAGGGAGAUAGAGAUGGAGCAGAGAAGAUUGGGCACGUAGAGACUUCACCUACGAAGCGUGGAUUUGGCGAACAUGCAGACGAUUUGCUGUCGGAGGAAUUGAAUUUAUUGCGAGGUGGGCGUUUAUGUUGUAGUACUCGCCAUGAUUACCAAUGAUGUUGACAUAGUUUCAUGUACUUCUAGCUGCAAGAAGGAUCAUCUAAAUCUAAUGAGUCUUCUAUACAUAGUUCUACUAUCACAGGCUAGCGCAGGGAUGACGACAUCCCUGCGCUGCUGUUAAGUUUAUUAAGUCACUUCGGGCGGUCUCGUGUAAGUAUAAGGUCUAGACCUAGAAAACAAGACCGCUAGGGUCUGAUAUACUGGCAAAGUGCAUGACUUUAAGGAAAAAGGGGAAGAAGAGGGAGGAGGGAAAUACUGCAGAGACAAGAAGGAAGAAACUUGCCCGCUACUUUCUGGAAGCGGCCAGCGAUUGGCAGCAAAGAACGUGGGUCCGAACUGAAGGGAAUGCUUACAGAAGUGCGCUGCUUUGACGACACACAAGCGUCGCGCGUGAAAGUAUCGCCAAAGGGCUGCGCGCGUCAGAGCAAGGAGGCUUCGCACGAAUCAACUGAAAAGAACCCAGGCGACGCGACCUGACUGCACGCGACGCGCGUGAGAGAUAUGCGCCGCGCCUUCGGUCAGUCAUACAGUAGCCACGCAAUAGCCGAAGCAUCAGCAAUAUUGUAUACUGUUGAAAAAGUUGAAAACUGCUACUCAGCAGAAGAAAGGCCACUACGUUCAGAACCCGACGGGUCUGGUGCUGCUGCAGCCAGUUGCUGCGCGCGACAUUUUUGAAGAAGUUGCAAACUCUUGCGCGCAAGAUAAUGGAUUCGCACCAGAUUGAGACAACGCACCCGCUCGAAAAUUUUGACCAGUAUACAAUACGCGAGAGGCCCAGCCUAGCUCUUGCCACUGUGUUGCUUGUCCAAUGCAGUGAAAACCUUGAGCAGCUUGCUGGCAGCAAGAAUCAGAACAAUCCUGGAGGCCGAGCGAAUCAGAAAAACAAAAACAGCGACCACCCCACGAUCGAGAGAGAACUUGCUAAAGCGCCCCACACAGAGGGAACACUUAAAGGAGAGGACUUGGCCAGCGAAUUAAUAGAGAGCAAACUUGUAGCACGUACGGACUACCUGGAUUCGAUAGGCCAGCACUUUGACUGGCUUGCGCCAAACGAGUUGGGAGCAUAGGUAGCGGGUUGCGCUGUUUCAGAUAUUGGCGAGACGAACCGCCGCGGGGGAGCUUGUCCAUGCUUCUCCACGAUACAAAAACCGCGCAACGGGGUAGCCUGAAGGGGGGCCAAAGUGCUGCACUGCUGCAAGGCUUCUGCCUUCUACCAUAAAACAAGCGCAGCGCUUAUCGCUUUGAGCCCUUGGCCGUGGCUUAUAUAUUGAAUCCCGCAGCGGCUAAAGCAGUAGCAUAGUCCAAAGCGAGCGACUUGGUUGGUUCCGCUGGUUUUAGGAUUGCUAUCAGCAAAGCGAGUGCUUAAGAGGCACGACUUCGCUGGCUCGCGAGUUAGAAGUAGAUCGGUGCGGUGAGAAUCCUAUACGUUAACACUGACGAAGCAGCAAAAGUCUUGGCGCGUUGUGGUUGAUCUUCUUGAUGGUAACGGCUGCAGGGAUGACACGCGACGGCAUCCUGCCCCACCCGAUCGGUGGGCUUACAUCAUCACCAUCGUCAUGAUCUUGAUGGUAGCACAGUAGUGCCCAUUUUCAAAAGUGUUCCCGUGCUUCAUGCUCAUGCGUGGACAGUGCUCGCGCCCGUGAAGAUCAUCGAUCCCAGCCGCACUGCUGGGCUGGUGUUUUGUUUUCUUUGGUUUCCAAUUCCAAGAAGAAACUUACCGCAAGUGUCUCCGUCGUCGUUCCCGUUCAGCUGGCGCCGGCGCAUGUGCGACAUCUUUUGCCCCGGAAGAAGCACGCUGAUGGCAUGACUUGCAGCAAAGACAUGACAAGAAAGCAGAAGAAAGCGCGGAGCAUUUGCAUUCUAUGCAUAGAGAGCAAAAGAGAGACCAAGCCCGACCUCGAUGGCAUAACAAUGAAGCGCGCAACUCUAACGCGCUUCCUUUGUGGCUUUGUUUUGCUUUUUUGUCCGGUUUAGCUCCCCUCAUGUCGCGCGCAGUGCAUCGGCUGAACUGUCGACACCGAUGGCGUCGCUUGCAAAAAAUGCAAGAGGACACGCGUGCAAUUCUAGACGCGUUAGCCAGGUGAUGCAAAUCCCGCGCGCUGAUGUGGGAUGGCUCCCCCUUUGAUUGUGCAGCCUUAUUUGGCGCCGCGUCAUUUGGAUGCUUCUGGAAUUUAUUUUAUGCGUGUGGCAUGCGUAUGGUAUGCUGCGGGCUGGUGAAGCUGAUAGCCCACCGGUGUGCCGUGGCUUUGUUGUGGCAUUCGUUUUGAUCUUGAUCCUCAGCCGUGUGUGAAGUUCGUCACAACUGUGGCCGGCGCCAUGCAUUCUGGGCCCGUCUGGAGGCUCUCCGUGCAAUUCGUAAAAGAUAGCGCUGACUGGCAGGGAUUUGCUGGCGCUUUUUCUAACAUAUCACCGAGCGGGGCACUCGCUUACUGUUUCCGUACGUAGGUAUUGCCUGCCUGCUUUUUCUAUAUAAUUGCUCGAAGGCCUCUCCUUGGAUGGAUGGAAAAUGACAGCGAUCAACCUGGCUGCCGCGCUUUGAUUCUCGAACUUGAUCGGUUUGCUUUAUUUAUUCUACUGAAGUGACGCCUUGCGUUCUAAAGUCGGAAACUGAUGAGAGUGCGUCUCUCGUUGGCUUUCGAAAGCGAUGCGAGCCACAGCGGGGAAGUUAUAUAGCAAGCUACUCCGCUUCCAUGGCCAUCAUUUUUUUGACAGCUUUCCCCGGUGUUUUGGCAGCCUUCUUCGGUACUUUGGCAGCCUUCGUCGCUGCUUUCGGUUGCUUUGUGUUUUUUUUCAUUGGGCUGCGCACUUUCGCCAUUUUCUUCGUAGGGGCAGGCUUUUCCCCAGCGCUUUGCUCGUGCUAGCGCUUUUCAUCGUCGUGGUAGGUAGCCUUGGGCGAUUCGCUGGUCGCGAAGUUGGUUUGUUCUUGUUCUUUGCUUGAGUGCUUCUCCGUCGAUGUUGGUAUCGGAAGAAGAACCUGCCGGGAGUGGAAAUGCGGCGGGGUAUGAAUGUGACGAAUUCCCUUCAAGCUUUUCGGUUGCGUAUGGGGUAGCUUCUCACGCAAAGAGUUCGACACUUACCAGCAGCAGCCGCUUGAGCUCGCUGGGAGCUCUGACGAAGAAGGCGCAGAGGGAUCGGAAGUAGGCAAACCCGUGGGGUGCUGCGUAGGGGCUUGGGGUGGUUGGUACGCAGCAGGAGCAGCGCUAAGCUUUUCACUUUCAUCCUUCUCGUCUCCAAAAAAUCACGGCGGAGCACGUCCGGCACCGUGAGCAACUCUAUCAGUAUGGACUUGCGAUUUAUUUUCGCCCAUACUUACUGAACUGCGCACGAGUUUCAGCGCAGAGGCAUCGCCACCCUUGUGGAUGGUGGCUGGCGUCGCGCACUCCUUGGCGGGUCUUGCGGCUACCAACUGCGUCAGCAGAUCAUAGACCUGAAAGAGGGAGAGCGUUAGAGGGCUGGGCCAUGGGGAAGCGUUUCGAGAGAGAAACACGACGCAGAGACGCAGAGCGUAGACGAAAACUAACGAAGGCGCCGACUUUAGUUUUUUGAUAAGAUAGCAGAAAUUUUCUUUCUGUUUCUUAUGAAAAAAAAGGCAGAACUUAACGCCGUAAGCAGGGGCAUGCGCAUGCUAGACCAUCAGCAGAGUAAAUGUCUUGCGUCACUCUACGCCUUAGAUGUAACGCCUAAAAAAGCAGAAAAGAGGCCAGUUGUUUACGAAGUGCCGACGGAUCGAAAACAAAGAGAAAGUUAACAAAAUGAUGGUAAUCAAAUGUAUCGACUCGCUUCUUCGUCUGCGUUCUUUGUCUGGCUUCUUUGCCUCUCUCAUCGUGUCAAGCAUAGGAAAACCAUCGUCGUGAGUCCGUCUUUCGUCCGUCUUCAUGCUCAAAAAAAAGCCAGACUGUCGGGCAAGGAAUGCAGAACUUCUCGAAACUCACAAUUCGAUAUAGCUUAUACGAGAUACUAUCGGACAGGAACACUGUAUAAUCUUCUCCUCGUUUAGGUGAAGAUCUACUUUUUAGCACAUGUUGACACUUAGUAUGUACCUCUCCCUCCCGCCGUCUAACUCUAAGCACAACCGGUUCCGACGCAGCGCAGCAAACUGAUGCAGCAGUGCACCUGAUGUACCCUGCCUCAGCCGCUACUUCUACAACGUCUUCCCGCUAUCCUAGACUAGACAAUCUACUAGACAAGAUUGGCGGGGACACGACCUCAGCUGCCAUAAGGCGGGAACAGGCCGGCGGUUCUUGCUCUAGUUCAUGCUCUUCAGCAUCGAGUUUCAUAUCUUCAGUCCUCCUGUCUACUGGUGUACAGAAGAAGAUCAGGAUGAGGCCUAAAAGUGCUGCACCAACAACGAGGGUGAGGAGUAGACCUAAGUUGACUACAGUGCUUGAGGACGGAAGCAAGAACAAGACCAGAAUAGAACAUCCGUUGAAGACAGGAAUAUUAGAACAUCAAGAACAGAAUCAGAAUCCAAACAUCGGCCCGGGACCACCUGGUGUUAAUGCCACUGCAGCAGCAUCAGCAUCUAAAAGAAGUACAACAGAAACAACUACCACAAACCAAGCUGUUGCACACGUCGAACAGGGGGAGAAGGCCAAGUAUAAUAAGACCUCGCCUUCAAAAAAGAGGAGGAAUAAAAGCCGUCCUCGAAGUGCGGCAGCUUCGUGUAGCAGUUCUGGUCUAAUAGCACAAGAGGACAUUGACAGGACCGCGAAAGCGAUAGUAGCACGUGUUAGAGCACUUUCAAGGAGCGGCUCAUCGGCAGCGUCUAGUUGCGGGAGAGCGAGUACUAACUUCUGACUAUAUUUUAUUUUCGAAAAAUUAAACGAAGAACAAGGAAGAAGAAACUUUUUGAUUUCAUUCAAGUGACUUUAUUUUGGUGCUGUGGUUGUAAAAGGUGGGAGGACGUCGAUUCGUCCCAUACUUGUAAACAUUUUUGAUUUCCAAUGACUGAUAAAAAUGGCAAACAAAUUGAAAACCUCUUUCCUUCUGAGGUAGCGUGCCCGCCACGGGAAAGCGUCGAAAGGAAGAGGCCUGAAACACGCAUAAGCCCAGGACUAUCAAGCAGUUAAAAACUCUUCGCGGCGAAUAACAUAUAUUAUAUAAGAAUUUUGCAUAGCAAGGUCGAUCGACUGCACUAAGAUAAAACGGCUUCGAUUCAACAUGUCAUAGUCAUUUCACAAAAAGUAAGUAUGAUCAUUGUGCUACCUCCAGCAUUUCUUCGUCUUGUCAUUUCAGGUAAAAACAUUCGCAGUUUUAAGUAUUUCACAAAAAAUAGCAUUUCCUUCACGACAUGUUCGAUAAAGUUGAAACUUCCAAAGUCAAAAGAGUGAAUCCCUUCUAUUCUAAGUAUAAUGUCACUCACCUGGUGUCUCCUCAUGAUACCCAUCCUCCACAUGCUGAAAUAAGAGAACUACUUAGAAGAUCAACAACUGCUCGACAAGAACUAUUAGCUGAGAAGAACGCUUGGCCUUUCACUUUCUUCAUGUUCAACAUUGUUGAUUCAUACGAUUCCAUUUAUAAAUAUUGUGCCUUCAAAUAAUUCAAAUUCAAACUCUCACUCAUUCAUGUUGAUGAUGUAACUAAAGACCCCCGCCUCCCUGUCCCUCUAAUUCAUGUACUUACUACUUCAAAAAUAUGUUAAUAUUAAGGCUCAACUUUCAUUGGUCAUAGAGCUUGGUCACUGAAAUUGACUGGGGGAAAAUGAAGGGAAAGGGGAGAGCAUUGGAGGGGUCUUUUCCGUUCAGAGUCAGUGGCCAAUGAAUGCUGAGCUUUAAUAAUAUCCUACAAGUACUACAGUCUCAAUCUCUAUUGUUCUGAUAUUAACUAUGUGUUAUUCCGUAAUACAAGUUCAUCUUAAGAACAAGUUCUUCAAUGUGACGAAGAUUGUUCAUGUCGUGUUCUAUUCCAGAAA